AUGGCGGUAUGUUAAACAAACCCGUGCUCGUGAAUCUGUAGAAUUGAUUGCAAUUAGGACCCAACAGCUGGAAGGUCUGGUACGAGAAGGGUAGGCAUCCAACUUGAAGCAUGAUAAUAACUUUCGUUGAUAACUAACUAAUAUGUGUACAAGGCCAGUCCUGACGACUUCCCAGACCCGGAUGACAUAGUCAUUCCGCCUCCCAACAAAAGCCAAAGAACUCCAGUAAGUCACCGGUCCUCUCGAUAACCAUUAUGGCCUGAAAAUUUCCUGACAGCACUUUAUAGAGGAAAAAGACUGCAGGCCAAAGACGGCGCCGUACAGCAAGAGUACUUGAAAAGGUACAUGACGCACGAGAUAAGGAACGUCCGGACCGCCGACAAAGAGCUGUCACGCCUACAGGACUCAAUGCCCCCAAGGAAGCUAGGCCAAUCCCGCUCCGAGAGAGAUAUGGUGCCAGAGGCAAUGCUGCAUAUGGAGCGAUUAGACCGGCGCGGAGAACUGGUCAGGGCCAGGGCCAGGCCGGUAGCCGGAGCCAGACAAGAGGGAGAAGAACUGCUCCUUCAGUGCCAGAUCCAGAUUCAGAGAUAGUGGCUUCACUUACCCCAGCGGAACGAGACGAUUCAUAUAACGCACCAAUGUACCCUUCGCGGGAAGCAAGAGAGCUGCUAUUUCCUUGGCUAGCCCAAGGAUUCAUACCUCAGGUGACUCCGGGCACAGGGGCACAAUGUGGAGUAUAUGCUCUCUAUGGCAGUUGGAUGGCAGCUUGCGAUUGGUAUAAUAGUCAAUCAAUUGCCUUCCCAACACAAAAUGAUGAUGGUACGCCCAUUACUGUCAAGGACUUUAACGACCUUCUGAAUUCCGAUGAAUAUACCGAGCGAGCAGUCCAGGUAGCGCGGCGUAUGUAUGCAAACGAUAGUGCCGCCGCAUUGGAUGCAGCGGUCAGGGAAGCCGAAGCCAAAAGUUGA